CUCUGUCGGACGCAAUUCCAAUGUCCACCAGGCUCCUGUCAUCAUCCUGAAGAUCUCUUUUACUGCAGAAAACUCUGCAUCACUGUUACACUGCAUCUGCUCCCCCAUCUGUGCCUGACAUAUCCCCGCUCAACCGGCGGUUUCCGGUCCCAAGCGAAGAUUCGCUCAAGGCCUCGUCCGUGCCCAAUUCAUCUUUCCAGAGUCCAUCCUUACUCCCAUCAUCUUUUACUCACCUCCGUGGUCCUCUUUGCUUUUAUUUCAAGGCUUCCUCGUCAACCAUUGACGAUCCUGCGCUGCCAAUCAUUUCCUAAGCCUAAUCGCCUAGCCCCAAAGAGCCAACCAACCAAUCACCAGCCUCGAUGGUCAGCAAUCCGGCUGGACGGCCUCUGCAGCUGCAGAAUGUCCUUGCUCAGAGCGCAUCGCCCUAUCUACGUUCGCACAAGGACAAUCCUAUCGCAUGGCAAGGCUGGUUCCCCGAGACCAUCGAACUCGCCAAGCAACAAGAACGUCUCAUCUUUCUAAGCAUUGGCUUUGCUUCAUGUCAUUGGUGCCAUGUCAUGGAUCGAGAAUCCUUCACUUCUCCCGAGGUGGCCCAGUACCUCAAUGACAAUUUCAUCCCUAUCAUUCUUGAUCGAGAGUCCCGUCCUGACCUUGACGACAUCUAUAUGAAUUUUGUCACCGCAACGACUGGCGCUGGGGGCUGGCCUUUGAACGUCUUCCUCACGCCGGACCUGAAGCCGGUCUUUGGCGGAACCUACUGGCCUGGUCCCUCCACCAGCACUGGUCAAGCUUCUCAACAAAGCACGCAAUCGCACGUGACUUUUCUCGAAAUACUCCACAAAAUUCAAGACAUAUGGACCUCUCAGCGCGAACGAUGUCUCCAGGCCUCUGCUGAGAUCACCACCCAGUUACGAGAAUUCUCUGCCGAGGGAACUCACUCCCACUCCUCUGUUCAAAUACAGGGCGGCGCUCCCGCAUCCAUCGAAGCACCUGAACCUCUCGAACUAGAUCUCUUUGAUGAUGCCCUCGAACAUUUCAUCAGUCGCUACGAUCCUGUCCAUGGCGGAUUUGGCUUGACUCCUACCUCUCCCAAAUUCCCCACGCCGGCCAAUCUGGCCUUUCUUCUCCGUAUCGGCGCAGCUGUUGCGACCCCAUCGACAAACACCAGGUUCGGCUUUUUCGCUCCUGUCUCAGACAUCUUGGGCCACUCUUCUUGCGUCACGGCUGCUACAAUGGCCUUGCAUACCCUGCUAGCUAUGUCAAGAUCUGGCUUGCGUGAUCAGCUCGGCUAUGGCUUUCACCGAUACAGUGUAACCCCAGAUUGGAAUCUACCUCAUUUCGAGAAAAUGAUGUGCGAUAAUGCCCAGCUCCUUGGUGUAUACUGUGACGCGUGGGCCUUAGGUCGGAACCCCGAAAUCCUAGGAGUCAUCUACAACCUCGUCGAAUACUUCACCAACCCUUCCUCACCGAUUGUUCAUCCCGCUGGUGGCUGGUAUGCCAGCGAAGACUCGGACAGCUCAACCCAACCCCAUUUGACGACAAACGGGACCACUGAUCAUGACAGUAAAGAAGGUGCCCACUAUGUUUGGACCUUGAAAGAAUUCCAAUCUAUCCUAGGAGACACCGCAGCCCCAAUUCUGGCUCGUCACUUCGGUGUCAAAGCCGAUGGCAACGUCCCCACCGAACACGAUGUCAACGACGAAUUUCUGAACCAGAAUGUCCUCAGCAUUCAAGCCACCCCGUCUGUACUCUCCAAAGAGUUCGGCAUCCCCGAGGAUGAAAUUGUCCGAAUCAUUAAGAACGGACGGGCACAGCUCCAAGCAUAUCGUAAAUCACAACGGUCUGCGCCGCAGGUAGACAACAAGAUCAUUGCCUCUUGGAAUGGGCUAGCCAUAUCUGCCCUGUCUCGUGCAGCCAACACGCUCGCUACCAUUGACAAAGCCCGUGCAGCACGCUGUGCUGCCGCUGCUGAAAAGGCUGCGCAUUUCAUUCGAUCCGAGAUGUUUAACCCAGCUACUGGGGAAGUUACUCGUGUAUACAAAGCACAAGGCGUUGUUCAAGGCCGGGAAUAUGGCACUGCAUUCGUCGACGACUAUGCGUACCUGACACUCGGAUCCCUCGCGCUAUAUGACCUCAACCUCAAUCCACAAUAUCUCGAGUGGGCAGCGACGCUUCAGACCUACCAAGACACUCAUUUUCUUGCAACAUCCCCAGCUCCACCUGCCGAGCUCAAGAGUCAAGGUGGUGCAGGAUACUAUCAAGCUUCGGGGUCGCUUGAUCAGGUAUUAAGGCUGAAACCAGGUGCUGACACUGGACUCCCCUCUCCCAACGGCAUCACGGCGCAAAACCUGCUGUACCUAUCGUCAUACGCUCCACAGAAUGCCGAAACAUACACCCUACGGGCAAAGUCUGUUCUGGAUGCCUUUGCGGUCGAGAUCAUCCAACACCCUUUCCUUUAUGUCAACAUGCUCGCCGCUUUGGUCAUUGAACAAGUCGGGGUCAAGCGUUUGAUUGCGCCCAAGGCUAUGCGUGAACGCGAAGUCCGCAAACUCAAAGGAUUUGGGAGGACUCUGAUUCGAGGCGAUGUUAGCGCAGUCAUGAUCGUGACCAAGUCCGGUGAGGUCCGUGAGUUGAGGGACAGUGAUUUGAAUGAUGUCGAUGAUGACAACGCAGAUGACGCUUUUGUCACGGCAGCGUCAGCGGCCAUUUCAUCUGGCGUCACUAGUGGCUCCCCGCCCGUGGUGGGCAAGGGCGUUACCACAGCCUAGGCGUAGGAGAGUUGGUUCUGUUGAGGCCAGAGAAGCAACGAACAAAUGAAUGACGGAUGAAUUGGAACGGACCACAUAAUCAGGGCCCUCUGAGACUGCAGAUGGAUGGAUGAUUGAUGGACAGAAGGCUGCUCUGCUCGAGAUGCACGUGAUCGUCUUGGAGGCAUUUACUGUUGGAGUCGGAUGGAAUCGGUUCAGGGGGUUGUUUCAAUCGUUGGAAAGAAGAGGUCAGAGCUUCGAAUCUGAUCUAUACUAUUUGAUCAAUUGGGCAACCAUGAUAAUGCGAUGGACGAGGGCAAGGUGUCCGUUUAUAUAGGUACCUCGGCAGUUUCGAAAUAUUUCCUUUUCCCUGGCUAUACUUUCAUGGACCUAGAUAUUAGACACUUAGCUAUCCACGACGCUGCUAAAUUCAAUCAUGC